AUGACUAAAAGAAACCAACGAUUCUCUCUUCUUAAACAACCUAUAUCCUCCACACUGAAUCAGCAUUUGAUAGAUUAUCCAACCCCGAGUAAUCUUAGUUAUUGGUGGGGGUUCGGUCCGUUAGCAGGUCUUUGUUUAGUCAUUCAGAUAGUUACUGGCGUUUUUUUAGCUAUGCAUUACACCCCUCAUGUGGAUCUAGCUUUCAACAGCGUAGAACACGUUAUGAGAGAUGUUGAAGGGGGCUGGUUGCUCCGUUAUAUGCAUGCGAAUGGGGCUAGUAUGUUUCUCAUUGUGGUUCACCUUCAUAUUUUUCGUGGUCUAUAUCAUGCGAGUUAUAGCAGUCCUAGGGAAUUUGUUCGGUGUCUCGGAGUUGUAAUCUUCCUAUUAAUGAUUGUGACAGCUUUUACAGGAUACGUACUACCUUGGGGUCAGAUGAGCUUUUGGGGAGCAACUGUAAUUACAAGCUUAGCUAGCGCCAUACCCGUAGUAGGAGAUACCAUAGUGACUUGGCUUUGGGGUGGUUUCUCCGUGGACAAUGCCACCUUAAAUCGUUUUUUUAGUCUUCAUCAUUUACUCCCUUUUCUUUUAGCAGGCGCCAGUCUUCUUCAUCUGGCCGCAUUGCAUCAAUAUGGAUCCAAUAAUCCAUUGGGUGUACAUUCUGAGAUGGAUAAAAUCUCUUUUUACCCUUAUUUUUAUGUAAAGGAUCUAGUAGGUUGGGUAGCUUUUGCUAUCUUUUUUUCCAUUUGGAUUUUUUAUGCUCCUAAUGUUUUGGGGCAUCCCGACAAUUAUAUACCUGCUAAUCCGAUGCCCACCCCGCCUCAUAUUGUGCCGGAAUGGUAUUUCCUACCGAUCCAUGCCAUUCUUCGUAGUAUACCUGACAAAGCGGGAGGUGUAGCCGCAAUAGCACCAGUUUUUAUAUGUCUGUUGGCUUUACCUUUUUUUAAAAGUAUGUAUGUGCGUAGUUCAAGUUUUCGCCCUAUUCACCAAGGACUAUUUUGGUUGCUUUUGGCAGAUUGCUUACUACUAGGUUGGAUCGGAUGUCAACCUGUGGAGGCACCAUUUGUUACUAUUGGACAAAUUUCUCCUUUUGUUUUCUUCUUGUUCUUUGCCAUAACGCCUAUUCCGGGACGAGUUGGAAGAGGAAUCCCUAAUUCUUACACAGAUGAGCCCUAG